AUUUAGUGAUUUUUUUUCCAAUUUAAAUACAAUAUUUAUAAUAAUUCCUCAGCAAUUAUCUUCAUUUGUAAAUAAAUUAGCCUUUCUUCUUGAAUAUCAAGUCCCAUCUAUGUCUGUUUUUAAAAUCAGACUAACAGAAGUUGUACAAAUUUUUCAAACAGUUGUUUGAAGGUAGAUUUAUGUUUUUAAAUAAUGGCCGCAAAACGCACAGCAACCAGUGAUUUAAAUCACGAAAAUUGGAAUAAAGAGGAGAAAAAAGAAGACGCGGGAACUUUUGUCAAGGCAUCGGAAGAAGUCCUUGAAAAGAGGGUCAUAAAAACUGCUAAACGAAGAAUUCCAAGCACCGGUGAUGGAGCGGCGAAAAGUGCAUUCGGUUCGUUUGCAGGAUUCAAAACAACAACAACAAGCACAGCGGCAUCACCGUCGCCUUUUAGUUUUCUAGCCAAUAUAAAACCUACAACAAGCACAAAUAUCCCGACAAAUAGUAAUAAUCCACUUACGACAAAAACAAUUUCCAGCAGUAAUGGUACAAUUCCUGAAAAUGGACUAUGCGCCACUCCAAAAUUGCCCCUAAAGCAAAAUCCAUUAAAAACAAUAAGUGACGACAAGGAAAAAUCAAGUGCUGUUACAUCGGACGAAAAAUCUUCAGAGUAUUACGCAAAAUUGAAAGGUUUGAAUGAAAGUGUAACUCAAUGGAUCAAAAAACACGUCGACACUAAUCCAUUUUGUAUUCUAACGCCAAUAUUUCAUGAUUACGAGAAACACUUACAGGCAAUCGAAUCAAAGCACGGUCAAGAAGUGAAAAAAGAAUCAAGUACCGUCGUCGUCGAUGAUGUUGUUGUUGUUGAGAAAAAAUCAUCAAUUCAAGACAAUGUUCAAGAACCCACAGAAAAGAAAGUUGAAAAUUCCAUUUUUGGCAGUACAAGUAGUGCAUCGUCGACAUUGAGCGCUUGGAAACCAGAAAAAUCAUUAUUUGGCACUACAAGUAGUACAAAAUCUAUUUUUUCAAUGGAGCCAAAAGUGGACAAUAAAUCUUCAUUGACUGGCAAUCAGGAGAAAGCGUCACCUUUCUCGAAGCCAAACACCGACGAUAAGGAAGAGGACAAACCGGAGGCAAAACCCGUAACAAUUCCAACCGCCACGUUUAGUUUUGGUCAAAGUUCAUCGACACCGUCGAGUGCUGGUUUCAGUUUCGGAGGGAGCAAGCCUUUCACGUUCGGAGCACAAGUUGCAAAACCAGAGGAUACGAGUGAAAAAACUGAGGAAAAAGAAGACGAAGAUGAACCUCCAAAACCCGAAUUUAAAGUAGUAACAGAGGAGGGAUCAAUUUUCGAUCAAAGAUGCAAAGUUUUUGUGAAGAAAGACGGAAAUUUUGGUGAUCGAGGUGUGGGAACAUUAUUCUUGAAACCAACACCAAACGACAAAAUGCAAUUAAUUGUUCGUGCCGGCAAUUCAUUGGGAAAUAUUCUAUUGAAUACACUCUUAAGCGAGAGUAUUCCAUUGAAGCGUAUGAAUAAAAACAGCAUAAUGUUGGUAUGCCUUCCAACACCCGAUUCAAAUCCACCACCAACGCCCGUUUUAUUGAGGGUGAAAACAUCAGAGGAAGCUGACGCUUUAAUGGAGGUCCUAGAAAAAAAUAGAAAGUAGAAAUAUUGUCUAUUCAUAAUUGUGAUGUAAUCAAGAAUCAUGUCUCAUUAAAUAUGUUGAGAAUUGAAAUGGAAAAAACAGGGAUCGAUGCAAAACAAAAUCAAGUAAAAAUUCGAUCUUUAUCAUAAUUUUUUUCAAUCAACAUUCAACAAUUAUUCUUUAAACGAAUCUUUUUUUUCCAUAUUCUUUUUAUUUAUACUUAUACAAAAAUUUAAUUUAAUUUUUUUCCACAUUCUUUUUAUUUACACUUAAUACGAAAAUUUAAUGCUUGUGCCAUUCAUUUUAUUUUUCUCAGCAAAAACAGAAAAGAAAGAGUCAAGAAUUUUACAGAAUUCAAAAUAUGAAUUCAUUAAGUGUUGGGAAAGAAUUUUUUAUCAAUUUUUAAAGAAUGAGAAAUUCUAUUAUUAGUUUUAAUAAAAAUCAGUUUCCAAUCACUUGAUAAUAAAUAGGAGAAUUUAAAAUAAAACUCGUAUCGAGAUACAAAGAUAUUUGUAAAACAAUUUUGUUUGACUUCUUUACAAAAUUUUCAUAAAGAAAACUCAAUUUAGAAUUUAUUGAAUACAUGCAAUUUAUAUAGAAAAACAAUUUGUAUGCAUUGUAUUUACUGUAUAAGACAUUUAAUCUUUUAAUUAGAAAUAUUUUUUACAGUUACAAUAUUUAACUAAUGAAAAUUUGAUAUUAUAACUAAAAAAUUUACAUUUAUUUACAAAACAAAGUAGACAUACUUUUUUUUCUCUUAUCAAUUCCAAAAAUGAUUGUAAAUAUUUUCAACAUCUAAACAAAAUUCCUUAUUUUUGUAAAUCUAUUUAAAAACAAUCUUUUAUUUCCAACUUUUUUUUUAUUUCUUUUUUUAAACCAACAAUUGUCUACUUAAAUUCGUGAAAUAAUUGAAAAGAAAAAAUUCUAGUUUUUAAGAAUAAUUUUACACAUACAUCGUUAAAUAAUUGAUUCUUGCGUUGUUAUUUAGUACCUGCGUCUUAUUUUUUUAUCACCUUAGGAUAUUAAAAAGAAAAUUAUUAUUCAAUUUAAAAAAUAGGAUGAAAAAAUUUCAAGUUGAUUUAUUAUGUUCGUGGAAAAUAUUCUUUUCCACUUUCAAUUAUUACGCAAUUUUGUAAAUAAGGCAAUCUCUUUAAAUAAAUCGCAAAUAAAGUUAAA